AUGGAGUCUAUCAGCGUUGACAAGUUGUUAACCCUGGAAUUGGGACCCAAGCAUUUCCCUAAGUUCAAGAGCAUACGUCGCAGUCUCAUGUGGAUGAUAUUCACGGCGGCUGAAGAGCAGCCUCGCUACAUCAUGUGCCGUGGAACUGAGGUCAUCAUUCGCCAGAAGCCAUCCGUGCUUACCCAAGUCUGUCGUAUGUCACGAUAUAUUGCUCUCAAGCGCGGCCGCUUCUUUGAGCUUGGUGACGGCGAGAUUACCUGGUUUCGCCCAGCAACUGACAUCUUCCUGUGGGACGGUGUCCAUGUCAACGGGGCAUUCGCCGAUUUGGGAGAAUUGGCCCCAUUUUUGAGGCAUAUGACCAUUCCUCACGAAAUCUAUGAGGAUGGUGCGCUGGCCUACAACAUGCUUGCGGCGGUCAUCGGCCCUCGCAACCUUAUCAGCCUGGCCACCGUCUACAUCGACAUGGCAGAUACGCCCACCUUCGUCGACCACUUGGACCCUGUCCUCAAGUCCAAGUUAUUCAACAACAACUCUGUUACUUGCACCAGCCUUCGCGUCGCCGACACCGCCGACGCUGCCACCAAUAUGAUCGAGCCUGCCCUCAGCAGCGAGGUCAUCGCUCGCAUGAAAGAACUCGGUACCGUCUCGAGCGUGGCUCGAGAGACAUUCCAGAGUCAUUUUGUUGAUGCCAGUCCCUUGUGGUGCAUCACAACAUGCGCCAGCAUUCCAGAGAUCGGAGGCCAAAUAGAUGCCUUCGAAAACCAUACCCUGAUGCACCCGACUGGUGUGACCUGGUGGAGCUGGAUCGAAGAUCGUGCUCCGAAAUUCGUACCAACUCACAUCUUCGCUGACAUCACUGACCACGAGAUAGUCGAUGAAGAUCCCUAG